UGUCAACUGUGCCUAUUACACUGACUACAGAUUCAACGCUGUUGAUUUUCUUGAAAUUCAUAAUUACCUAGUAAUUAUGCGACGUUAAACAAUGUUUUGAUAGUCCUGUACUUUUAGAAACGUCAUUCAAAAAGGGGAUUAAAAUAUCCAAGUUUCUAAACGUGCAAUACUAAUAUAUGUAUAUACUAUUUAAGUGUUUAGUAAAAGGUCGGAAGGGAAUAGUUUAAUUCUAUUACUACGCGCUUAUGGUAGUGAUUUAAUUUAAUAUGAUAAUACUAUUUUCCGACUUAACAAUUAAGUAAUAUAUUUGAUGUCCUCAUAAUUUAAGUUUAAUAUCGGUAACAAACAUGGCAGCAACAGAAGAUGCAAAACUUGAUUUUAAGGUUACAAUGGAAUAUGCUGAUUCUCAAAAUGUCGAGGGUGAGAUGACAGUAGGAGCCAAACAAAAAUCAAAUCUUGGAGAACCUGACUUCAAUACUUUAGAUGAACCAAUUAAAGAUACAAUUCUCAGGGAUGUUUGUGCAGUAGGCAAAAAGUUUUAUCAUGUUUUAUAUCCUAAAGAAAAGAAAAGCUUAUUAAAAGAAUGGGAUCUUUGGGGACCAUUAGUGUUAUGUACAUUCAUGGCAAUGACAUUACAAGGUUCUUCUGACAGAGCAAAUGAUGCAAAUGAUGGGGGACCAGAAUUUACACAGGUUUUUGUGAUUGUGUGGAUUGGAUCUAUGAUUGUUACGUUAAAUUCUAAAUUACUUGGUGGCAACAUAUCUUUCUUCCAAAGUAUUUGUGUCCUAGGAUACUGCUUAUUACCAACUGCCAUUGCUCUAAUUCUUUGUAGAAUUAUAUUAAUGGUGGAACAAACUACUUUCUUAUUUAGUUUAAGGUUUAUUAUCUCUAUAAUUGGAUUCAUAUGGGCUACAUAUGCAUCAAUGGUAUUUCUUGGUGACAGUCAACCUGCAGGGAGAAAAGCUUUAGCUGUAUAUCCAAUAUUUUUAUUCUAUUUUGUCAUUUCAUGGUUGGUUAUAUCUCGUACUAGAUAAAAUAAAAUAUAAAUCGAUUACAACAACAGGACUGUACAUUGUUCCAUAUUGGUGCACAAAGUAAAGAAGAAAUUAAAGGGUAAGCAAAACAUUGCUUGCAUUGUACUUUAAAUGUUUUUAAAUAUAAGCAUACAUCUUUUAUCAAAUAUUCCAUAGACAAAAAUGUAUUGCUGUAUGUGCAUAUACCAUUUAUUGAUAUGAACUUUAGAAAAUUAUCAGUUUAUAUGUCAAUUAUAACUACCUACAUAUAAAACGUACUAAUAUAAAUAAAUGAUAUUUAAGGAUUA